CCGUGUGCGUGCUCGGUGCGCGCGGCCGUGAGACCAGAGCGUGACAUUUCACAUACAAAAGAAGCAAAAAUUGAAUUGACAUAUUUAACAUCACAUCUGUCACGUCACACUCUGGUCUGAUGAAGACCCCGCGGCGCGAGGACUGCGUCUACACCAGCUGCUACUGUGAGGAGAACGUUUGGCAUCUGUGUUCUUGGUUCCGCUCAGAGGCCGAGGUCCAACUCCAGGAGCUGUACGUGCUCUUCAUCUCCAACCACCACCGCACGGUUCCAUUGUGGAGACAGAAAUCUGCUCGAGGAGACCUCCCUGUGGUUUGGGAUUACCACGUGGUCCUGCUCUGGUCUAGACCCAGUCUGGAUCCUCUGAUCUUUGAUUUGGACUCGGUUCUGGACUUUCCCUGCUCUCUUCAGGAGUACACCACCCAGGCCCUAAGAUCAGACCAAGACCUCAACCCUCAGUACCACAGGUUGAUCCGGGUCAUUCCCGCAGACCUGUUCUUGCAGAAGUUCUCCUCAGACCGAUCUCACAUGAAGAAACCAGAUGGAACCUGGACCAUGCCCCCUCCCAGCUAUCCUCCCAUUCAGACACAAGAGACUAGCACAAACCUGGAGCUGUUCAUCCAGAUGAAGCAGGACCAAGGUCUGGGUCAAGUCCACAGCCUCCAGAACUUUAUAACUCGGUUCAGCCAGGAUCCUAACCAGUCCUGACCCGGUUCAGCCUGGAACCUUACCGGUUCUAACCUGGUUCAACCUGGACUAGACCCAGGAGAGGGAUUGUAUUUCAUGUGAGAUUAAAAUUGUAAUAUAAAAAAUAUGAAAAUAUUUUCUGUAAUAAUUAAAAAUUAUCUU